AUGACGCGAAAUUAUCUCCUUCUGGGUACAACUUUAUUAGCCCUAGCUACUCCCGCUCUCUGUUGGGGGCAAUAUGGGCACGAGAUCACCGCUACUAUCGCAGAGGCACAUCUUUUACCUUCGACGCGUCAGGCGAUAUGCGGCUUGCUUCCUGGCGCGUUCAAGUGUCAUCUCGCAGGAGUGGCGGCCUGGCCCGACCUGAUAAAACAAGAUCCUGAAAAUAACCUGCACUAUGUCAACGAGCGCAAGAAUGACAUUCCCCGAAAAUGCGACAACUUUGGUUCUUCUGGCUGGACAUCGGAUCAUAAUAUUCUCACUGCCAUCGUUAACCGCACGCGUGAUAUUGCUUCUACGGAUCCGAGUGUUCAUGAUGAAGCACUACGUUUUCUUGUCCAUUUCUUAGGAGAUCUUCAUCAGCCAUUUCAUCUUGCUGGUCUCUACCUAGGUGGAAAUCGAGUUGAAGUGCUGUGGAAUGGUCGCAAAACCAACUUGCACGCUGUCUGGGACGAAUCUCUGGUCAACCAUAUGAUAAUACAUACCACUGAUCAUGCGUCUCCGCUUCCGACUUCUCCAUCGACUCCCACUCUGGAACGCGAGCGGAACAUUCGAAUCGAGGAAGCCCUUCGAGGGUCCAUCUAUGAUGCAUACACGAGAUCUAUAUUAAUAGAGGGGAUCUACGGUCGCUGGGCCAACGAAAUACAAGAAUGGAUUUCCUGCCCAAAACCCAGCGUAUCCCUGCAUGACGUACAGCUCAGAAUGGCCCAGGGAGAUCUGAUGUUUGAUGACCCGGUCGAUGUGCCCGUCUGUCCACACCAUUGGACCAUCAAGACGCACGAGAUGCUUUGCACGUAUAUAUGGCCGCUUGGACUCACGGACAAGACGCCUCCCAGGGAACUGAACACUGCUGAUUAUGCCGAGCGCGUUCGUAGCGAGUUGGUUGUUGAGAAGCAGCUUGCGAUUGGAGGAAUGCGGUUGGCUGCGGUGUUGAACAAUGUUCUGGCGUCGGAGGACGACAAGGCGAGACCAAGAAGAGAAGAAAUGGUGGCCGCAACAAGCACGGCCGUGGCCACACCAGCUUUGUCCGCUGCUCCAACUGCUCGCGAUGGUGCGUUGGAUCUAAUCACGUCGUGCACUAUGGCUCAUGUAUUUGAUGACAGCGUGCCCAAGGACAAGGCCAUCAAGCGCUUCACUGUGAGGAACAUGGUCGAGUCUGCCGCAGUGCGUGAUAUCUCGGAUGCCUCUGUCUACAACGAAUACGCUCUCCCCAAACUCUACAUCAAAAUCGCCUACUGCGUUUCGUGCGCGAUCCACUCGCACGUCGUCCGUGUGCGUUCGCGCGAGGGAAGGAGGAACCGUGCGCCGCCCCCACGAGUACGGUUCAAGGACGGAAAGAAGGUUAACCCGGCUGUUACCGCUGCCGAGGGCGACAAGCCGGCUGCGGCUACUGCUGCCCAGUAG